AUGCCAGACGCCUUCUUCCAAAAGAAGCGCAAGCGCUCCACCGGCGGAGCCUUAUCCUCCUCCUCCUCUACCGCCGCUGGUUCAUCAAGUCGCGCUGGUCCAUCACGCGCCAAACCCUCCUCCAAGUCUUCCUCUCGUAUGCGCAAAGGCGGCAAACAUGCAGCUUCCGACUCGGACGAUUCGGACGACAACACUCCAGGCGGAGGUAUCGACGAAAUGGACCUCACUCACAACUACAACCUUGCCUUGAAUAGUGAUGAGGAAGCCGAAGCUGCCGAAACACCCGCCGAGGCACGCGUCCGUCUAGCUAAGAUGUACCUUCAGGGGCUCUCCUCGAAUAACAAUGCAGCUACAGCAGGCGGCCAAGGAGGUGGAGAUGACUUUUUCGAAUCUGCCCAAGCACCCACUUUCGGCCUAGCAGACGCCGCACAAGCAGAUAAAGACAACAUCGCAGCUCGACUUGAGAAAGAUGUUGCUGAACAGAGUGGCAGGCUUCAUAUUUUCCUUGCGAAUCGUGUUGCACCACCACAUCUCCCCUCCAACGUGGAGGAAGAGCAAGUUGAGGAGAGCAGUGCAGGAGGGCGGUACGAAAACUCAAUACUAGCAGUCCGUGGGCACCGACUCAGUGUUACAUCAGCAGUCGCUUCCUCGGACGCAAAGUGGCUUUUCACAGCGAGCAAAGACGGGACUAUCAUACGCUGGCGCUUGAAAGAUGGAAAACUCAUCCGCAUCCUCCCCAAACGUUCAAAACACCUCGACGAAAACGGCGACCCAAUCCCACCCACCUCGUCCAACAAAAGCAAGUCUUCUGGCGCAGCACGUCGUCGUGCCCGUCUUACCAAAUCCUCUUCCACCAACAACCACAACACAUAUGUCGCAGUCGGAGCAGACGCCGGUCACACCGACGAAAUUUGGUCCCUCUCCCUCUCUUCCGACAACACCUACCUUGCUUCUGGUGGGAAAGAUAAGCGAGUUUGCAUCUGGUCUACCUCCCCUUCCGCCUCCAAUCCUGAAAAGUUCUUAAAGUCCUUGGGUGGGCACAAGGAUAGCAUCACAGCCCUCUCCUUCCGUUGGGGCUCACAUGAGCUAUACACUGCUUCCCUCGAUCGAACUUUGAAGCUGUACGACGUUUCACAGCUGAGCUAUAUCGAGACGCUUUUCGGUCAUCAAGAGUCGAUCCUCUCGCUUUCCUGCUUAUCCGCCGAGACGGCUGUGUCGGCAGGUGGAAGGGACCGCACUUGUCGAUACUGGAAAAUCCGAGAUGAAUCGCAACUCGUCUUCCGUGCAGGAAUCAAAUCUAAACUUCGACAAGUUUUGGAAGGUGGAGAGCUGAACCAGGAGGAGGCAGGCAAAAUGUCAAAUCCGCACGAGGCGAUGGAAGGAAGCGUAGAGGUGGUCAGUAUGAUCGAUACACAUCAUUUCUUGUCUGGAGGAGACAGCGGCAAUAUCUCAUUAUGGAACUUGGGCAAGAAGAAACCCAUCUUCUCAGUGCCAGUUGCACACGGAUUCCAAACAACACUGAGCGAGACAGAAGGAGAAAUCAGAACUCCAAGAUGGAUCACCUCUUUAGCCGCUCUUGCCUACUCAGACCUCUUCGUAUCCGGUAGUUGGGACGGCCAAGUGAAACUUUGGGGUCUGACAAGCCAAGGAGGACAAGUGAAAGGGUUUAGACAGUUAUUCUCACUGCCUAUUCCAGGAGUCAUCAACUCGCUCCAACUUGUCUCUCCACCGCUCACCUCAGUUCGUGUGGACGAGGAGACAGGUACAGUGCGAACCACAGCAAUCGCAAAGGCAGAGUGGAAGAGGAAACAAGGUCUCAACACAAACCUCACUUCUCAAACCAAUUCCAAAGAGUUCGAGGAGGAAGAAAAAGCAGUAGACGACAAAAAACUAGACAAACUACAAGCGACAAAAGACAACUCUCCACCAAUCCUGAUCAUCGGUGUUGGACAAGAGCAUAAAUUUGGACGUUGGAUCAAUCUCGGUUCUAGUGACCAAGGAAAAGUUAGCAACGGAGCUGUGGUGAUUCCUUUAUCGCUUACAAGGACUGUUCAACAUGAGUCCCAAGGCAACGGGAAUGGUCGAAAGGCUGAAUUCAAACUCGUCUGA